ACAAGUCGCACGCACGAGGUGAGUGGUUGCUAGGAAGUAUUGUGACGUCAUGAGUAAGCAAAAGGCAAAGUGGUGCGUUUGUGUUUUUAAAAUAGUGAUAUUUAGUUGAUCUGAUCUGUCAUGUCAGAAAAAAAUGCCGAUUAGGAUUACACAGUCUAUCUCUUGACACUGUAGACGCCUGUAGACUAGGCUGGUACAAUAAAGAGCCAUGAAAAGUGGAAGUUCAUGUGGUGCUUUGUGUCAGCAUCCUGAAUGUUGGAGAUCGAACUUGCAAAGAGUGAAAGAUGCUGUUAGACUUAGAAAUGGAAUCCAGCCUGGUGAUUCAUUGGAAAGUAAAGAAUUCCAUACUUUGUCUGAAAGGAAAAGAUUAGAUGAUGGCACCCUUCCAACACUGAAAGUUGUUGAUGUCUUUGAUGGAACAAACUUGAGAAGUAACAGUGCAAGACAUUGUAGCAGCAUAUCACAAACAAACAGAUUCCAUCACAGAUCAGCAUCGUUACCCUCAUUAUCACCGGAUCUUAGCGAUCAUCAGCAUUCAUCUACAAGCACUCCAUCUGUGCGUGUACCACGUCCAUCUCCUGUUUCACCAACAAUGUUGACAGAUUACCAGAAACGUAUGUUAUGGAAGAAAAAGUUACAGGCUGUCAGAGAACCCACUGGUGGUGAACUUAGGAAGGAAAAGGCUUCAAUUGUUGGUGUUCAUGAGUUGUAUGAAAAUGAUGAAUUAUUACAAGACUGGAAAGAUGUGUACAUUGCUUCAGCAUAUCUUAUAUGGUGCCAAACUAGCAAGAGAAAAAGAAGGAAAGCAAAAAGCACUGGAUCAAAUUCAAGGAGGAAGGAUCCUCACAGAAUUUCUUUUAAAGAUGUUACAGAGGACAUGAUUCCAGCUGCCAUGGAAAAAAUAAAGCCAGAACAUCCAAAACCUCGCAGAUCUCCCACUGUUGGACAACCUUAUAAUCCUAGUCGUGGAAGGUGUCAUCCCAAAAUGCAUAUCCAGGACUUAGACCUCUCCAGUUAUGGACUUGGAGAUUUUGGAGACUUUCCCAAGUCAGUGAUUACUGGAAUCAUUCAACAUUUCAAACCAAGCCAAGUCGCUGUCAGUCAUGAAUUGCCUCUGGGACUAGAAGUUCAACCAAAACAACAAUCAAGUCCAAGAACAGCUACUGAUCUAAGUACACAAUUCAAAAGUAUUGAAAACUUAACAGGCGAUACUUUGGAACAAACUUUGCAAGAUGAAAACUCGCGCAUGCUGCUGGAUAUUGACAUAAACUCACACUUUACCCCCCCUGGGGACGAAAAACUUACUGAGGAGGAGGGUGGGCUGAAGAUCAACAGUGAAUCGAAACAAGACACUGACCAACUGCAACCUCAGCUGAUCAAAACAGUCAUUGAUAGACUUGCCGGCAAACGAGGUCGCGAACUAUUGCCUCUUGCAUCUGUGGGUGUUCCCUUUGAGCAUCGUGCGAAGUCUAAGUUACAUCACUGUGUUAACUCCAUUCCUCGUAACCUGGAUUUGGGCGUGGCAUUGGAACCAGUUGAUGUUGUAUCAGUCACACCAACUCCCACGGGAACGCCAAAAGAAGAGAUGGAAGGUCAAGAAUCUCAGCCGUGUACCUUGGCUAACAGUUCCCCAGACGUGGUUUUAGCCAAUGGCAGUGAGUACAUCUCGUCUUGUGAUGAUCAGAUGAAUCUCCAUUGGCCUCUGCGAGGUCACAUGACAUCUGCACUCAGAUAUUCUCCAGCUCCAGUGCAUGCUCCGGCUCCUACUCCCAAUAGCCCAGACAGACACGGCCAGUACUUCUCCCGUACUCCACAGAGUAGGGAACAUAACAAUUCCGUCACUUCUCGCUACAUUAGGAGGCGAGAGACUUUGACCAGUGUGUAUGACGAGGACGAACCCGAGACUAGCCGAGAGGCCCUGGGAAGUCCUGAGGGGGAGAGAGUGGAAGAAGAAUUUGCUGUUGAACCAGUUUUUCUGACGGAAGGAGCUCUCUCUCGUGACCUGAGUCUGGUUUUAAACAAGAAAGAUGCACAGGAAUGGCCGCAAGAUAAAAUGAUAAUCAAUGUAAUAGAGAACAGCGAUGACAUGCCCCGAAUGCUUCGAAGUCCAAGUCCAGGGAGUAAAACUUUCAUCCCUCAGGAUAUUCUCGCUGAAUUUCAAGGAGAUCCCUAUGGGAGAAAAGGAAUGCAUGUGGCAGGCCAAAAAAUGACAGGAAAACCGAACAUUGUGAAAGAGCCUGAAACAACAACUGAUUUGCGUGGUUACAUGGCACCGGCUUGGAGAGCUCCGCGCUCAAGGACACCCAUUCAGCUCGUAGAUACACCCUCAAGGCGAGCCCCAAGACCUCUAAAACAGCCCCCGAAGGAAAGUUUGCCGAAGUCCUUAACUGUACAGCCUCUUGCAAAACACGUGCUUCGAAGGCCAAAGAGUACCCCUCCUCGUAUGAGCUCUCCCAAGGAUUCAGGAGAAUUGUUAGUGCAUCAGAUUCUGUCGGAUUCGACACUUGGUAGUUUCACACGAGAUGAGCCAGGGAAAUAUUCAAUGGACACACGAGCUACAUCACCUUCCAUGGAUACUUCUGGCUCCAUUCCCCCUCCUCCUUCCCCAGAGCUAACACUGGUAGCCCCAGUUGUUCCUGGUACCCCUAGACUGGAUCCUGUCUGUGAAGUAGAAGAGAAAAGCAGUAUUACUUCAGCUGGUCGGGUUGAUGGCACAAGCCAAGUGGAAGGUGAGAAUGCUGUGGCUAACCUCUCAGAAGUCGAGGAUGGAGACGAAGUUGAUGAAAGCAACGAAGUUGACAUUGGUCAACAUUCAAAACACAUCAAAUCUGAGAGUAAUAGUGAAAAAGAGACAGAUCUCGCAAUCACUGAAGAGACAGAAACAGUUGAAACAAGACAAAACAAAGACUCACAAGAUACUCCGGAUAUAAAUUUAGAUAGAAACCCCGUUUCUUUAUUUGUUGCUGGUGAUGAAGCAAAUCUACCUGUAACAGAAACUGAUGAAGUAAUACAGAAUGAAACUGGAGGUGAUGAAAAGGAGUCUGAAAAACAAAACGACAGCAAGUCUGCUAAUGAAGAUGCAACAACAGAGGAGUCCGGUGAGAGAGAACAGGCUGAGAAGGACAACACAGAUCUACCCCAGCCCCCUGCGUCACCAGAUAUCGUCAGCACUCCAGAUUUCACGGAGGGAUUAGACUUAAAUCUUGAUUUAGAAGCAGAGCUUCGUGCGGCCAUGGAAGGCCUGGAUGAUUUAGGCGAUGGGGAGGAAAAUGGAGAAAAAAGGACUUCCCCAGAACUGGAGCCUUGGUAGUGACAAUUCCUCUAACAUCUGUUUGGUCGUGUAUGCUUCAUGAAUUGUACUAUUUGUGUUACAUUUAAUGACAGAACAUUGAAAUACAGUGUAGGGGUAGAUUGUAAGAACCAUGUAAUUAUAUUGAAUUUUAUGUUUUACGUAUAUUUUAUCAGUGUGGUGUAUUUGCAGUGGAAUAUAUACACAUCUUUUGGUCAGAGUGAUAUGAAAAUUGUACAUCUGUCAAACAUUUUAUUAAUUAGACGCCGCCAGGGGAUUAUGAACACAAACACUCUGACACAAAUUAAACUCAAACUACACUCGCCGACUGGAAUUAUUGCGGCAUUGUUAAUCCUACUGUCUUAACUAAACACUUAACGAUAUUUGAGUAGAAUCUAACAAGCCCACUUUCAAGUGAUCUAUUUGUUUUCUAAGAGAGAAAAUAUAUGCAAAAUUUCUUUUUCCUCUUUAAUUUGUUAUUCAUGACGUUAGCGAGCUUUCAACAAAGUACAUGGCGAUAAUUUUAUGCCUCAGAAGUGUUGUGCUCUUUCAAAAGAGCCAUAGAUAGUCAAAUUACUCAAAUUGUCAAAACACAACAGAUCAAAGGGCGCCAGUAGGCCUAGCCAUUGUUUGAGACGUUUUCGAAGCAACUUUUUAUUCUUUGCACUCAAUAGUUGACCAAUCUUUAUUGAUUGCAUCGGUAAACGAAUCAAGCCAAGAGUUUGCCAAGCAGCAGUUUUCACAUUGGCCCGUCACUGUUCCAAACAAGCAACCUACAAAGAGCAACUUAGGUCUC